AUGUUCCAUCCGAAGAGCCGUCAAUGCUCCAUCGCAUACGAAAUCAAUGGCAAUUCGCCAACUUGUGUCAGUGGAUCUAUCUCUUCGGCAAGGUCGUCAAAAUUGAUGACAGUCUGGACACAGAAAUGCUUUCAGGAUAUCGAGGCCGAAUGCCUGAAGCCGAAUGCCCCGGUCCUCCAAGACAUAGGACUUGCUUUGCUAAAAUUCAUCUCGUCGCAUCGCGGUUUGACGCACGAAAUGUUCGAUGAGUACACGCGGCGACAAUAUCUGGCGAGGGCUCCCGAGAAGAACCCAUUCGGAACAGAGGAGACUGCAGCCAAGUUUGCAGAUCUACAUGUUUUAACCAAGAUACGAGUUCUUCAGCAAAUGACACAAUGGGUCAUGAUCCGCCCCGAGCGCGUCAGAGACAAGAUGGAAGAGCAGAAGGACGUCGACCAAGCUAGCUGGAGGAUAGAGCCCAUCGGUUGGGACAGAGAUGACCGUACCUACUUCGUUCUCGACGACAAUAGAGUCUACCGCAUGACCGAACCACCCACAAAGCCGGCGACACCCAAGAAGAGAUCAAAGAGUGCCAAGUACGGUUCCCGUUCGAACAAGAGACGGCGUAUCUCUGCAGCAAGUGGCGCAGAUGAAGCAGACCAAGCUGUGACAGAACCAGCCGAUCCAGCCGCUUCUGUUGCACCCGAGGAGGAUGGUCUUGGCGGCAUGGAGUGGGAAUGUCUCGCCGUUAGCUUGGAAGAUGUACAGAACUUAAUCGCCUCAUUCCACAAGACCAAGGACGAUAACGAGAGGGUUCUUCGGAACCAGCUUCAGGAACACUUGCUUCCGAUUCUGGAGAAGCAAGAGGAGUCGAGGAAACGCAAGGAGCAACAGCGGGAAAGGGAGCUCCUGAAUCUGGCCAAGAUGGCAAAUGCGAAGCGAUCCAGCCGUAUUGCGAACAAGGCGGAGCAACAGAGGCAAGAAGAACAGGCUCAAGAAGAGGCGAAGCUCAUGCAAACUCAACGGGCAGUUGCAAAAAAGGAGGAGCAGCAACGAGUCAGGCUCGAGAAGGAACGGGACUCAAGACUGAUGUCCCGAGAGAAAAGACUCAAAGAGCGGGAAGUCCGUCGUUUACAACACGAACGCGAGCUUUCCCAACUUUCGGAAGACAACCGCAGUGGUUCAAGUCGUAUAUCAGAGCGAAGACUGCAAGCGGAGAUCGAAAAGAAUAAGCGUGCACUCGAGGAGCUUGAAGUGGAAGAGGACGACUGGAUAUUUGACUGCAUUUGUGGGGUCUACGGUCAAGUUGACGAUGGUACACAUAGUGUGGCUUGCGAGAACUGCAACGUCUGGCAACACAGCAAGUGUCUUGGCAUCAGCGAGACUGAAGCUGAGAAGCCAGAGUUUCAUCUCAUCUGCCAAUCUUGCAAACGGCGUGAUGCCGAGGCAGCGGCAAAGCCCAAGACGACCAUCAAGCUCAAGGUUCAACGUCCAGCGGAUACCUCAUCGUCCCCUUCGAAUCAACAGCCCCAAAAGGAAAAUAUCACCCACCCGUCAGCACCAAGGCAGGUAGUGGAGGCUCCAACUCCGAUUGUGGAAGCAACGGCAGGGCCAGCGCCCGCAACUGAUAUGUCAAGAGUUGUCCAAGUUAAGGCAGAGGCGGACUCGCCGAUGGAACAUUGUGGCUCAAGUCUCCUGAGAACAGCGAACGGGACUCCAGCUGCAGAUAUUCCUCCGGCCAGCUCCUCUGUGUCCCUGGACCAAGCCAAUCAAGCACAACCAACCAAGGAGGCCAGCCCUACACCAACAACCCCAAAGAAGGGGGGCAAGGGAGACCAUCGCAAGUUCCACCAUCUUUCUAAUGACAGCGAAGCACUCCCUGGCGGUGGCGACAAGUUGCCAGCAAGCCCAAUACGUGUGGAAAGGACGCCUGGUCCCAUAGACGCCACAUCACCCAGGCAUGGAAACUCGAGCCUGAUAGCCACGCCCAUCAUCAGUCGAGAGCAUGGCAUUCCCGGAUCAGCACAUUCGUCUUUCACGCUGCCCGCUCCAGAGGGUGGACUGUCCCCAACCAAGCACUCCCCCCCCAUGCCACGUCCCCAGCCACCCAGCGUCAAAACUCCUGCGCUUCCGUCUGUACUGCCACCUAUAGCAACACUCUCGCCGUCCCCUCGACAACAGAUUCUGACACCGCCGAUCAAGCCGAUUGAGCCGGUUCGAAGGCCGCAGCCGUCAAAGGCAAGCUCUGGGUCCGUUUGA